AUGUUAGCUAGUACAACAAUAAAGAAAGAUACCAUUAAUAGAAAAAAAGCUAAACAAGCUCGAGAGUCUGAGAAUAUUAAACGAAUGUAUGAAGCUGAAAAAGAAUCAGAAGAACGUGCAACAAAAUUCGCAGAAUCUUUUCUUCAAAAACUCCAUAUAACUUUAGAAUCCAGUAAUCCAGAAUCAUUGCGCUUAGUAUUGAAAUUAUACUUGGAUUAUUAUGAAAAAUAUGAUAAAAUAACUGAAGGUGUUAAUGAGACACGUGAGCAACAAGAAAAAAUUAGUGAGUUACUAGAUCAACUGGCAAUCAAUCUGUACAAAGAUGUUAACAAAGUGCUUAAAGAUUAUCCAGAAUUGUCAACAGUAUUUUUAUUAUUUUUGAAACCACAUCAAGCUGCGAUGAUCUAUAAAUCAACAGAACAUAUGAUGUUACAAAAAAUGAAUGAAUUUAUAAACGCAGCACAAGUUUAUUUUGCUAAACAACCGUCUCGAAUGAUGAGGGUAAUGCAGGCUUUAACGCAAUUAGCUGCUGAAGCUAAUCCAACAUUAGAAUUGAUUCACGCAACAAUGGAUCCAAUAUUGAAAGGUCAUCAACUUAUUAUGGAUAUGUUUCAACAAGUUUUGCCAACUGGUAAACCACCGCAGAGUUUAUUUUCACCGAGUUUAUUUGAAAAUUUAACUUGUCCAGUUCUACCGCAUGAUAAAAAUCGUAUUUUUACUGUUGACUCGCCAGAAUUGUAUGAAAAUAUUGAACUACCAACACCAGCCGUACAAGAUGAUCAUUAUGGCGGUGAUAAUUGUAAAUGUGAUUGUCAUGAUACUAAUGAACCGCAUCUAAAAACGCGUAUGGAGCAUUGUAUAUCAUGCGGAAUAAGAUAUCUUAACGGUCGUUUAUAUUUACAAACGCCUGAAGGAUUGAGACCAGCAAAAGUUGAAUUUCCUGGUGACGAAGAAGAAAAACUUGAAAAUAUAUCUCGUGUUUCACUUAAAACAACUGAUAAAACUGCAUCGACGGCUGUGCCAUCGACAAGCAGACGACGCAAGUCGUCGAAGAAUGAUAUAAAUACUGAUGAGCAAGCUCAAAAACAAUGUUCAUUGAAGACUUCACCCGUUAAAGACAAUGAUGACAGUGAUAAAGGUAUGUCUAAGAGUAAACGUGGUGGUAAAUCACCUCCCAAGUCACUUGAACACCGACGGCUAUCUAAGUCUGCCGAGAAUAAUGCUAAUUCAAAUGUUCCGAUAUCAUCAUCAUCAUCAUCCUAUGUUACUUCUACGACUAAUGAAGUAACUUAUCCGCUUAAAAGUAAGCGUGAAAAACGAGCUGAAAGAAGAGAAGCAAAAGCUGAAUCUAAAAAUUUUGCUUUAGAAUUAAAUAAACUCAAUGAAAUACCUGUUGUUAAUAAUUCAGUCAGUGAACUUAAUAAAGAAGUUGAAAGUGAUAAAGAAGCGUUGAUCGCUGUCAAUGAUUGUGGUAUUGAAAAUAAUUUAACCUGUGAUAUUAAAGAUAAUCCGACUGUUAAUAAUGUUAAUCAAGAUGAUAAUGAUAAAAGCAGUUCUAUUAAUGAAUUAAUUAGUAAUAGUUCAUGGACUAGACAAGAGGAUUCUUUGCUUCUUCAGCAUAUUCAGAAAGAUUAUUCGGAAAGUACUUUUAUUACUGUCAGUCAAUUGCUGGGAAACCGUACAGUAACUGAGGUGAAAGAACGUUGUCAAGCACUGCUUACGUUACUUGAAAAAAUGCUAUAA